CGAAAUUCAGGAGGGAAGCCGAACGAAAUUCACUGUCCUCAACAGCGCUACCGUUUCUCAUUCCUCACAAUUCUUGGCGCCAUUCUCCUAAAUUCGUAAUUUGAUUCCCAGAUCUUCAAUUUCAGAUCAGUCUCCUCAACUGGAAGAAUAAAAGGAAUCUCCUUACAUUGAGGCGCCGUAAUGGCGGAUUUUGAUUUUGAGCUCCCGUCCUUCUCCCUAGGGCUCGACUCGGACGAUGAUUCUGAGCCGAAACCCGCUGCUCCUUCCGACCCAUUAUCCGCACGAGCUGACAGCGUUUCUACCGCCGCGAAUCUCCCGACAAUUGUUGAAGACGAUGAAGAUGGGUUUGAAUCCCCUGUUAGGGUUUUCGACCAACCCCCGGCAUUGAAAAGGCUGCGUCGCGGGCUCACGCCACAGUUAGAAUCAGAUGCUAAAACGGCGGGGCGUGAGGAUGGGACGCGUUACGAUGUGGAUGAUGAAAUUGAGGAAUUUUCAUCCGAUGAAGAUCUGCCAAAAGGCAAUCUUCCACCUAAUUCCAUAUGCGGCAGCUCAAAGGCAUCACUACGUGGACAUAAGGUUAGGACAUCAGAAUCUGGAAGCCACUGGAAAUCAGUGAAGGGAAAGGAAGUUUCGAGUGCUUUAGCUUCUGCAAACAUAGAAACAAAAGGCGGCAAUGUGAGAUUUCCAAAGCUAACUCAAAGUCCUCUCAGAAGAUUCCAGUUGAUUGACUCUGAUUCAGAUGAUGAUUAUCCCUCAGUAAUCGAAGGCUCAGGUAGAGAAGUGCCAGUUUCUGGGUUGGGGACAGAGAAAGCCUCAGCGGAAAACUGCCCAAAUGACGACUUAUGGAAAGGUUUCUAUUCAGAGGAAAAAUUCCACAUUCCUACACCUGCUUUUGAUGAGGUCUGCAACGAAUAUUUCUUGAAUAUAAGGAAUAAGAGCCAAGCAGACAAUGGUCUUCGGAAGGAUCCUAACAUUGAAAGGAAUUUGGACGGGACUGGUCCUCCUUCUCAUAUCUACUUUUUCCAUAAUGAUUCCAGAAUUCAGAAACUAGUUCGUGACAGACUGCCAUACUUCUUCCCAUUAGGAGCAGGGAACAACCUGGAACACAAUCGGCAAAAUGCAUCAGUAAUUGAUUACAUGGCCCAAUUUGGCCAUGACGAAAAUUCCAGGCAAGCAAAUAGGCAGCAACCAGUAGGUGAGAAAAGUUCCUCAAGAAGAAAGAACAAUACUAAAAAAUUUCAGGUUGAAGGUGCAUCACAAGAUUGUAAUAAUUGGGUAAGUCCUAAAAGUUCUGCAAGGCCACCAAAAAAUACCGGCAAUCGAAGAGUGCAAGCAGUUAGUGAUUCUGAUGGUGUCAAUGCCGGUGCCGGUGCCGGUGCCGGUCAAUGGUACACAAACUCAAGUGGUAGAAAGGUUUAUGUGAGCAAAAAUGGGCAAGAAUUGAGUGGUCGAACUGCUUACAGGCAAUAUCGAAAGGAGAGUGGAAUGGGUUUCAAACGCUCGAAGAAGAAAUCAGCUGCUAAAAAGAAAUCCGGUUCCCAGAAGAAAGCUGCAUCAAAGAAAUGAUCCUUACAGAUAUUCGAGACCAAACAUCAUGGUGUGGCUAUGGCUUUUUCCUAUUUGAGUGUAGCCAUGUCUUUCGCCUCGACAAUGUCGAUUUGUCGAUCAUAUGCACAGUUAUAAUCUACACAACACAUGAUGACGGAUGGAUAAUGGAGGUUAGAAAUUGUGGAGACUGGAGAUGCAAUUUUUUUCAGUUUUAAUCCUCAAGCAGUAACUCUAAUUCUAAUUCUACUCGAGGAAUCUAUUUCAUCAGAAAUACGUCUCAACGUUUCGCAUUUUCCCAAGAGCUUUGCUGUUGUUGCGCUGCUAUGUUUUUGGAGUAAUUAUGUUGUUGGUUAACCGAUUGAAUAUUUUUGAGGCUGCUGUUUGGUAGAUUUUGUUUGUUGCGCUGUUUUCGCGGGUGGUUAGAAUUAGCUUCUUUUUUUUUUUUUUUUUUUUUUUUGGUAGUGAGGAGUUGUGAGGUUUAUGUGUAUUUGUUUUGAAAACAAAAUGUUGAUUAGUUGGUGUGUAUAUGGCUAAGGGAAACAUGGAAAUAGAUGUUAUCUAAUCUGCGUAAGAAUUCGCGACAGCUUAAGUUAAUUCUAAUUAGUGGUUCUUCAUGGUGUGUGCAACUUGUAGUUUUUUGCUACGCUGUACUGCACACAGUUUACUGCGGUUAAUAAUGAUGAAAACUGGGUUAAUCCGUGGGGAAGUCUUCGCUGUUUUGACUAUUAUACUUGGCUGAGAUUAAUUGCAGCAAGUUAAGUAUAUGCAAGGUUUGUUUUAGUAACGUUGAAGUUAAGGUUGUGAUGGAUUCUCUUCUUUUACAAUGAAAUUUUAAGAAUAUUUUGAGACUUAUAUUGCAUUUCUUGGUCCUGUGUAAGAAUUAUUUAUUAAAUUCUAUUCUUUUAUUCCUAUUUUCUUAAAAAAAGAAAAGAAAACUCUCUGUUCACUUUUUAAGUAUGUAACAAGUGUCGAACCUUGUAAAUAGGUAUGAUUGUGUUAUAUAUGUAUGUGUUUGAAUUACAAUUUUAUAUAAUGAGAGAGAUUGAAAGUUUUAUUGUAUGUUUGCUAGGUGUUUUCAAUGACAGGAAGAAUGAAACUUAGUGUUUGGUUUUCUCUUGUCCUUAGUCUUUAGGAUCUGACACAAUAGAAAUGCUAUAUCAAUCACUGUGCUCUGUUUCUACAUCUUACCAUAUAGUGCUUGCUAUCUUGUUAUUUAUUUAUUUUUUAAAAUUUUUUUACAUGCCAUGUAAAUUAGAAUAGAGGAAAGUUUUCUGUCAGUGCUUUAUAUCGGUCAACAAUACAAUGGGAGACUCUUUGUUGUGAAUCAUUAAUAUUUUUAUUUGGAA